CAGACGCUUCGUUCUUGCGUUAAACCGACGCUCAGGCACCACCGCCGCCGCUCCGCCGCACUAGCUGUCGCCGCCGCCGGCUGCAGCAUCUGUUGAUUAAUCAUUCUCCUUUUCUUCUCAAACCUUUUUUCCCUACUUUUUCUUCAUCGAGAUUCGCUGGCAUCUCAAGCUCGCGUUAGUAAACCUGCGCCGAUCCGGCUGCUGCUGUGGUGAUCCGGCGAUCCAUUUUCAGUUUUUGAUUGGAUGAUUGGAUGCUUUUUUGAACGUGAAAACUGAAUCCGAAUGAAUCUGAUGCGGUGAGUGGAUGUAAUGUAAACUUUUGAUGAAUAAAAAUGGGUUCUGAUGACAUGCUAGACAGAUCUGCUUCUAUUGAAAAUGUCAGUUCAGAUGAAGUUGAGGCUGAAACAAGCAACAUCAAUUCACUCGAAGUCAUUUCCUCUGUUGGUGGCAUUACUCAUGAGAUAGAAAGUGCAGCCGAAGCUUUAACUAGGCUUGAACUUAAUUUAGCUCGCUCCUCUGAAAAAUUGGUUAACUUGGACAUACUUGUUUUGCAUGUGGCUUCAAGGGAAAAUGAUUUUGAGGAUUCUACAUCUGAGGAAGCAGAGAAAGCAGAAGGCCUCGUUGAGAAGGCCCUAGAGUUUGACAUGUUACAUGGAUAUUUAGAAUCUGAAGUCAGAGAGCUGGAGGCAUUUCUCUCUCUUCUCCAGACUGAGAUUCUUAGUACACUGGAGACUGUAUCUUCAUUCAAGCAGCUUGGUGAAGCUACUAAGGAAAUGGAAGAUAAGCUGCAUGAUUGCGAGAUUUCCUUGAAGCAGUGUUUUGAACAGGUCUCAGAGAUAAAGGUGCAAUCUUCAAAAUUCAAAAGGGUUUUGGGAGCCUCUUCUGGAGAUGGACAAUGUAAAGAUGACAAGGAGAUUGCUGGUUUGGAAAAUGGUGACCUUUCAGAUAUAAAUGCAAAGAUUAAAAUGCAGACUGCUGAACAGCAGAGGAAUGUUUUGAGAAUGCUGGAGAAAUCCUUGGCCCGGGAAAUAGAUCUCGAGAAUAAGCUAAAUGAAUUAAGAGGAGUUGAACAAAGUUUAAAACUUCAGUUGCAGCAAGAACUCUUCUGCCUGGAAGUAGAAGCUGAGGAUAUGUGGCAAAGGCUAUUUGAGGCGGAAAAUAGCUCAGAAAUUCUGUUGAUGAUUUCAAAAGAUCUAUUUGCAAAAAUAAAUGGGUUGACUCAGCGAGAUGAUGAUUCGCAGUCCUUGAAAGAAAAGGCACGUGCUUUACAGGCCUCUGAGACUUCCCGGAUUGAACUUGUUGAAAAAGUUAGUUUACUAGAGCAGAAAUUAAUGGAAGCCGAGUCACAACUGCAUCUCUUGAAGGAUACUAUGGAGCAGAAUAAAGAACUUAAGGAAAAAGCUGCCAAGGAAGAAAAAAGGGCCGAAAUUGCUGAAGCUGAGUCUAAAUUGCACAGGGAGUCUAAUAUGGAGUUGAAUAAAGAUGUGAAUCUCUUGAAAAAUAGCCUUGCCGAGGCAACUGAGAGGGUGGAAAGAUUAGAGAAGCAGUUGGUGGACUCUGAGAUCAAACGACUGCAUGCUGAGGCAACUGCAGAAGCCAGUCAAGAGAAACAAAGCAUGUUAGAAUGCACAGUCAAGGAUAUGGAUAAUUUAAUAAAAGAUCUAAAGUUGAAGGUUGUAAAGGCAGAAAAGCUGACCGAGAGUGCUGAAGAUAAAUGCAUCAUAUUGUCUGAAUCCAAUGCAGAACUCUUUGAAGAAUUAAAUUUUCUGAGGCAUAGAGUUCAGAACUUGGAGAAAUCCUUGCACCAAGCUGAUGAAUCGAAGAAGGGCACUGCAAAAGAUAUUAUGGUGCGGACUAAAUUGAUUGCAGAUUUGGUAAUGCAGUUGGCUCUUGAGAGAGAACGUCUUCGUAAUCAGAUAUCAUCUUUGGCAGUGGAGAAGAAAACUGCGAUGACUUAUUUGCAGCAAAUGAAAGACAACUCACUCACCAUGGCCGGAAACAACAGUGCUAAAGCAAGAGAACCUCUGGUUUCCGAGAAUGAUAGUGAAAAUGGAACUAUUAGAGAGAAAAGUAAUGAAGCAAUGAUGGGGUCUUCCGAUGCCAGUUGUGAGACAAGCAGCGUGCACGGAGAGCUCUUAACCAAUGAGAUCAAGACAGGCAACGGAAAUUCCCCUUCGGACUUGGACACCGUAAGAAAUAUAGAUGUGAGGCAACUCAAUGUCAAGCACAUCUUCAUUGUCUCCGCAUUGGUGAUUCCCACGUUGGCGGUAUUCCUGUACAUGAAGUUAGGGACAGGUGAGUUUUAAGGCUGUCAGUCCGGUGCGUGUUCUUGAACCCUCUGGUCGUUUAGCUCGAUUAAUGCUUUCAUUGGUAGAAUUAUCCUAUCUUAGAAUGUGUUUUUGUUAUACAUCACUAAAAACACAUGUUGUUAUGACUCUUGGAUUUUGAUAUCAGAACAUAUUGAGAAAACCUUUAGCAUCGUCGUGAAUAUGGACAGAUUUGUAGCUGAAAGAUAUCCGAAUUUCAUUGAAGGAACAGUUUAUUCGACAGAACGUAUAAUCAAUUGAGAUGAAAGUUCUUCAGGACUACACAUGCCCGGUAUGAAUAAUAGAUUACUUGAGCUUUGCUA